GAAUGCGAGACCUAACGGCUCAGGUAACGAGCAGUCUGCUGCAGUUUCCAGAGGUGACUGUUGAGGCACUUGGGGAGGAUGAGAUCACCCUAGACUCUGCACUGUGUGGGAAGUUUUCUGGAGGCAGAAGUGGCCUGGCGUGGCUGGCGUGUGGCCCCCAGCUGGAGGUGGUGAACUCGGUGACAGGAGAGCGUCUCUCUGCCUAUCGCUUCAGCGGGGUGAACGAGCAGCCUCCCGCCGUCCGCGUGGUGAAGGAGUUCUCUUGGCAGAAGAGGACUGGGCUCCUGGUGGGCUUGGAGGAAGCAGAGGGAAGUGUUCUCUGUCUCUAUGACCUUGGGAUCUCAAGAGUGGUUAAAGCAGUUGCUUUUUCAGGAAGGGUGACUGCCAUCGAGCCCAUCAGCAAUGACGGCGGAGCCAGCGUGAGCACGCGGCACCUGCACCAGAGUCUGCGAUGGCUCUUUGGAGUGGCAGCAGUGGCCACAGAUGUUGGCCAUGUCCUUCUGGUUGACCUUUGUUUGGAUGAUUUAUCUUGCAGUCAGAAUGAAGUAGAAGCAUCGGAUCUAGAAGUUGUCACUAGAAUUCCUGCUGAAGUUCCACAAAGAAGAGAAGCUGUGACCCGGGAAGGGAGGCAUCUCUGUUUUCAAUUGCGAAGUCCUUCAGGAACAGCUGUAUCAACCCUGUGCUACAUAAGCAGAAGCAACCAGCUCAUUGUGGGAUUUUCUGAUGGCUACUUGUCACUGGGGAACAUGAAAACCUUGAAGAGGGCGCACUACACUCAGCUUGGAGGAGGAAGGAUUCCUGUCUGUGCUCUUACUUUUCAGGAGCCUGAGAAUGAUCUUCAAAAUUGUUGCUACUUAUGGGCUGUUCAGUCUACACAACAAAGGGAAGGGAAUGCUGUGAAUUUACAUCUCUUGCAGUUAGCAUUUGGUGGCAGGAAAUGUCUGGCAUCAGGAGAAGUCAUGUAUGAGGAUUUUACAUGUUGUGUCAAGCUCUUCAGUUUAGAUCUCUCUGGUGGAAUCUUUCCCUGGAGAGGGCAGACCAGCAAUACUAAAUUCCUCAGCUGUCAGACCAUAGAAAAAUUUUGCAACCAUGCUGACAGAGAGGACAAUGUUAAUGAAGUAAUCUCUCCUGACACCAGUGUAUCAAUCUUCAGUUGGCAAGUGAAUACCUAUGGUCAAGAAAAACCAUCUGUUCAUUUGGGAGUGUUUGACAUCAAUCGCUGGUAUCAUGCUCAAAUGCCAGAAUCACCAGGGCCAGAAGAAUUCCUUCAUGAUUGCCCCUAUUUUGCCCUGUGGUCACUGGAUCCUGUAAUAAGCAUGACUUCUCCAAACCUCAUUUUGGAUAUUCUGGUACACGAGCGUAGUCUGAGUCGAGGAGUUCCUCCUUCUUAUCCACCGCCUGAACAGUUCUUUAAUCCAAGCACCUAUAAUUUUGAUGUGACCUGCUUGCUCAGCUCAGGAGUUGUUCACAUGACUUGCACCGGCUUCCAGAAGGAGACCCUGAAGUUUUUGAAGAAAUCUGGUCCUUUAAUAAGUGAAGCCAUCCGUGACAGCUACUCUCGGUGUCUUGUAGCUGGCUUGCUGUCUCCAAGACUGGUUGAUGUCCAGCCAUCCAGCCUGAGUCAGGAGGAGCAGUUAGAGGCAGUGUUGUCAGCUGUUGUGCAGACAGGUUCUUUGGAACUUCUGACGGGAUGCAUUAAACACUGGACUUCUGAAGAGCAGCCAAGUUCUGCUGUAAAUUUACGGUUUGUUCUUGAGUGGACGUGGAACAAAGUGAUCUGUACAAAAGAUGAACUGGACCAAAUAUGUGUUCCGCUGUUUGAUGGCUCCUGCAACUUCAUUGACCCCCAGACAUUACAGUCCCUCCAGCACUGCCAGCUGCUGCUGAGCAACCUCAGCACAGUCCUGAACUGUUUCCUAACAGAAGCCCGAGAGCUUACAGAGAAAGGUUUUUCAGAUUUGACAAAUAAGCAGAUGGUAACCAGCCUCAUAUUUUUGUAUGUACAAGUGGUGAUCUGGUUCUGUCGAUCCAGUCUUCUUCCCGAAAGUUUAGAUGAUCACAUGCAUUUGUCCAGACCUUUCUACAAUUACCCUCUGAUUCAGAGCUACUAUACGGGUCACCGACAGAAACUGGAGCGCUUAUCAAGAGGCAAAUGGGAUUCUGAUUGCUUGAUGAUUGAUGGAAUGGUUUCCCAGUUGGGAGAGGAAGUGGAGAAGUUGUGGCGGAGAGAUGAAGGCGGCACUGGGAGAUACCCACCUGCUAGUUUACAUGCACUGCUGGAUCUCUAUUUGCUAGAAAGCAUUGAAGAAAGCGACAAACAUGCAAUUACAAUUUACUUGCUGCUGGAUAUCAUCCAUAUCUUUCCAAAUAAAACAGAAACUUCAAUUGACUCCUUUCCAACUGCCUUUGCUAUCCCUUGGGGUCUUGUUAAGCUGAUUCGAGGGUUUUGGCUUCUAGAUCACAAUGAUUAUGAAAAUUCCCUGGCCCUGCUCUUCCAUCCAGCUACACUCAAGACUGUGUCAUGGCAACACAUGAGGAUAAUCCAGUCCCUGAUGUGCCAGGGGGAGCACAGGCGAGCCCUCAGGUACAUGCAGAUGAUGAAGCCGUCGAUGUCCAGCAGCAGCGAGGUGCGGCUGUUCCUCACCGUGCUGUUGUCCAAUAGGUGCAUGGUGGAGGCUUGGGGUCUGUUGCAGCAACACACCACGAAGUUAAACAUAGAAGAGUUGCUAAAGCACAUGUAUGAAAUCUGUCAGGAGAUGGGACUGAUGGAGGAUUUGCUGAAGCUGCCCUUCACAGACACAGAAAAAGAGUGUUUGGAGAAGUUUUUACAGACCAAAUCUGGUGUUCAGAACCAUGAAUUCCUCUUAGUCCACCAUCUGCAGCGUGCCAACUACAUCCCAGCACUCCAGCUGAAUCAAUCCAUGAAGGCCAAUCUGACGAAUGGUCGUGAUCCUCGCUUGAGAGAGAGAGCAGUAGCCAGAAAUUCUCUCUUAGACCAAUAUAUCAAGAUCCUUCCCACAGUUCAAAGGAAGCUGGCAGUAGAGAGAGCCAAGCCGUACCGUUUGCCUUCAUCAGUCUUAAGAGAAGUCCCAAGGCCAAAGCCAUUAUCAACAGCAACAAGGCAGGCUAAUGCAGGAAAUGUGCAUACAAGAACAAGUUUCAUCAGUAAAGUACUGUCCAGAUUUAAAGAAGCAUGGCUAGGAAACAAGACAACCAAGUUCUCGGAAUAUAAGAAGUAA